UACAACUUAACACUUCUUUCAUUUCCCUGAAACAACGACAGCCCUGAAGAUGAUGUGGUUUUUAAUCACUAUUUUAGGCUACAGUGUGAGGAUGUCGCAUGGGGCAUUUGAGAGAAGACUUGUGUCUCUGGGGGAUACAGUUAAAAUCGAGUGCAACAGAUCCUUCUACAGUGACAUUACUUGGUUAAAGUUGACAGAUGGCCAAUUACCCAACGUAUUGGUGACUGGUUUUAACUUUCAUAAUGGAAAUGUAACCAUCAUCUCUCCAGACCAGCAACAUCUCUGGGGGGAUGUUAGUGUCAAGAACAGAAUUGUGGCACUGACUGUCAAAAAUAUUACUGCCGAUCACCUGGGUCUGUACCUCUGUGCAACAACAAAAGACAAAGUGCUAAUAUUUGGUACAGGAGUCCUUCUAUACGUGUCUGGAGAUGAAAAUUCACGAAAUGUACAUGAAGUUGAUGAGCCACCUAAAGAUUGUGAUAAAGGACUUGCACUGCCCUCCACUGGCAGCUCUCUGCCCCUGGCCAGACGAGUCUAUGUGGCGGUGUACGCAUGCGCUGUGCUCAUCAUGGCUGGCGCCACUGCCAUUGUUCACAUCCUCAGCAGGAAAAAGAGAAGGCAAUAAAACGGACAUGUCUACAAAUCAUGUUGUGCAAUUUGCAACUAUGACUGUAUUUGAAUCUACUCACACGAUUUUCCAAUUGGUUGAGAUAUUUUAUGAGUAACAUUUAUCUUUUUUAUGUUUUAGUAGCCAAAUUCUUUUUUCACUUAUUGUAUGACAUCAUUCAAGUCUCAUCACUGUAAUAAUGGAAAAUACUGUAUGUUCUAAUUCAUGAGACAUAAAUGUGAUAUAUGUUAAUGUUAAAAUUAUUAUAUGAUGGGACAUU